GGAGAACCCACAGCAACAAUGGCUUUGGGACAUCCUGCGGGCUCUUGACACGCAGGUUUGCUGCUCUCGGAAAGCGCUUUCCCACCAGCCAGCAACCAGCUUGGUGGCUCCUUGGACCUCCUGCUCUUUUCUCCAAGUAAGGGAAGGGAUGGAAGAAGAUCCCACCGAGGCAGGCCUGGUCACCUAACCUGGGCUUCCAGCAGAGGCUGGGGAGGUGGGGGGUAGGCCUCCCCCUUGUGUGAUUGGCAUAUGCUUGUUCCUGGAUCAGAACAAAUGGGAUACAGCGGAAGCAAGGAGAGAAUGCGACGCUAUCUCAGAAAGUUGAGAAAGGAAGCUUCACUGAUGGAGUCUGAGCAGAUCCAGCAGAAAGAUCCUUUCCUGAGGCCAACCCAUAGAAUACACGAAGCCAGCGAUCCAGCCUCAGCCAGAAAGUACCAUGAUAUCACAGGCACUUUCAUCAUGAGUCAAGUUCCUGGAAGUCAGGAGGUGGAAGAGAAGGAAGAUCCGUCUCUAUCCCAUGACUUAGCACUUCUCUUGGUUAUGAAAGAACAUAUGUGGGACGGAUCUUCUAACCCUGCGGAGAAGGAUACUUCCCAAGAACCGGAAAGAAGGCCGAGAGGUUUAGAGGACUGGGAAGAAUUUUCAGAUGGAAAACAGAAUCUCAACAGAGGACAGCCCAGCUCGAAAGAAAGCAGGGAAUCUUCCUUAAAUUCCUUCGAUGGGCAAUUUGCAAGUUAUUCUUCAGCCAGUUCCCAGUCAACAACCAGCACUGCUCUUUCCUAUCCCAGGAGGGUCAGUCCAGUACAGAUGGAGAGCCAAGUCUGUGAUGCUAGCUUUGGCCAACCUCCAAGUUUGUGUGACACACACUCUCAGACACGGCGUGGGGACUCAGCAAUGACAGACACUCUUCCUUGUCAAGAAGACUCAGUCAAUGAAUCUCCUUUGGUGAUUCAUCAUAUUUCAGAUUGCCACAAAAGUGCUGAUUUUUCCAAUUCCAGACCAGCCGAAGAGCAUUCGUGGGAACUGGAGACGCAGCGUGAGAAGAAUGGAAGCCCUUGCGAAGGAACGGACGUUGCGAUGAGGAUCAAUGAAAUUUCCUCUAAAAGAGAAGAAGCGAGUAAAGGAUUGAGCAAUCCUUCCUCAGAAGAGGAAGAGUUGAGUUUAGACGGGGCGCAAAGAAAGGCGGAAAAUAUUUUAUUCCAGGUAUCUUCCAAAGAAGUGGAUGAUCGUUCAGAUGUUGAUGAUGAAAUAGGAGAUUUGGAGGAAAAUGUUCUCAACUUCCUUGUUCUCCAGGUCCAGGAAGAGGAAGAGAGCAACGUCGGAAUGAGCAACUCUCCAUUACUCAAGAAAAACGUCCAAACCAAUGAUCAUAUAAACAAUAUGAAUUGUGAGGAAUCAGAGUCAGGCCAAAAACGGCUAUCAACCACAAGGAAGUCAGAAUCUGCAGAAUCAGAGGCGCUGGAGUUGGCAGGCAGCGAGGAAGAGGGAGGGAAGGAUUUGAAUGAGAAAGCAGCAAAGAGCAACACAAAGACAAAUCUGGAGGAAGUACAGUGGUCACACAAUGACCAAGAACAAGAAGAAUGGCCUGUGCAAGCAACAAUAGACUCCGUGCCUAUCAGAUCGAGCCAGGGCACACUGGAUUCUUUGGGAAACAGUUUGGCUGUUUCUGGUUUAAACGAUAACAGUUCUGAAGAACUUGCUUUCUCUUUGAAGGAGGUGUCCUCAGCAGAUCACCCUUCAACAUCAGGUUGUGCAUUGUCUGAACCUUGUAUCCAAACAAUGACUAUCCCAUCCCCUGGAAUGACCCCUGCAGGUUUUCUGCCAGAUAGCGGAAGCCCAAGGACACAGACUGCCCUAUAUUACAGUUCUGGACAAGUGGAACACUCCGGGAUCGAUGAGGAAGCAAACCAAACGUUCUGUUGUGAUCCAGGUGGUGCACAAUUCACCGUGGGUGUUGGAAAAGAGAAUAUUGGAAAAGAGGACGUUGGAAAAGAGGAAAAUGUAAGGAGUGUAGAUGGCGAACAAAUAGCACAAUUGUUUACAGAUGCGGCAUUAGGCGUUGACUCCCAAGUUCUUCAUGGAUCUCAAGCUAUGGGCAGUUCUUCUGACACUGAAGAAGAUCCUGUCCCAUCGUUGAGGACUAUAAUCACCGCUCUCCUGCAAGAAGAUCCUAUUAAGGGAGCCAUGGAUGACACUGUCAGUUCUGAAGGAGAUGAAUCAGUUUUACAUUUCUCUAGUCAACUGGACAGAGCAAUAGUUGAUGAAGCUUCAGUACCGGACAGUGAUGGAGAGGAUCAUCCUCCCGCUUCUGGUGAGGACUUCCUCGAAGACGCUCAGAGUUCUACUUCCAAAGUCCUCCCAAACCCCUCACUAGAAGAAGGCCUGUCCAAUAUAGCCAAAGAGAUGAUAAAGUUAAGUCUUUCUUCCUGGGAUUCGGUGGAAGACACUACCGAAAACAGUGUGAAGUCCUAUCAACAGCUGAAACCAACAAUUAAGAAUGCUGUGUUGUCUGGGAAUGAAGCAGCAACGGACACACAUUGCAGAGAACAAGAUAUCUUAACCAGUGAGUCACCAUGUUUUUCAGUUCUUGGAAAAGAGAGAACAGAAUGUGACUGUAAUGCUGAUAGCCUCCCAUCUUGCAGGACUCUUUUUGCAAUGACCACCGAUGCAGCUCAGCUAACGCAGCCUUUGGCCCCAGCUCUAGUAAGGGACUCUGAGCAGACUUUGGCCCUCAAUUCUGCUUCACUUUUAUCCUCCAGGCAGCCUCUCCAGUUUGUAAUCCCUCCACCCAUGGCAAAUUUUAACGCCCAGCCAACUCCUCCGGGCCUUAAUCCUGACCAACUCUUACAACAACUGUCGUCUUCCAGCCAGGUUAAUCCAUUAACCCCCAAAUCUUCUGCCAGCGAGACUGUUUUAGAGCAUUCAUCUUUAUCCCCUGAAACCAGAUUAUCUGAGCAGCUUUCCACCUCUGAAAGUGACUUGGAUCAGUGUUGCCAAGUUCCACAUCCCAUACACAACUCUAAGCAGCCUGUACCUGUGUCACACCGUGCCAGUUUACCCAUCCUGUCUAGACGUUCCGUGUUUCCUUCACUUACUAUCAAUGCAGCUUCCCAGCGGACUAACUCUAAACAGAUCACACAAUCUGUAGCUGCUGGACCGGGCUACAACUUCCAGACACAACCUUCACACAUUGCUGUUAGUAGGGGUUCUCACAGUUCCCAAUCAGAUUCCAAUUCCAGGAAGCAUCUCCUAGUCAGGGACAAUUCCUCUAUACAGCAGAGGACCGAGGCAUCAGAAAACAACCCCCUUGUCUCUCGUACAGACAACGAUGAACCGACACAUCCUAGCCCACAGGUUGGCCGUCACAGCUGUUGGAACUCAUCCUCUAUUUCCAAAAGAGGAGACCUUGUCCUGGUUUCAAGUUUGGACAAUAGAACGGAAGAGUUCUCUGGUCUUCUAUUGGCCACAUGCCCUGAGUUGGAUCUUUCUUUGUCGGACUUGCAAGGUGAAUUUUUAGGAAAUAGUGCCACGGGGGCAGAUUCCUUCAUCAAUGUUCCUGAAACAACGUCCAGGUUUGAAGAUACGCCUGAUGGGAGGUCUUCUCACUAUUCUUUCCAUCCCUCGGGAGGUCGUGAGAAAGCGUGUGAAACCAAGUCCGCCAACGUAAGGCAUGCUCCUUCUCUUUUAGCUUUCACUAACCCAAUCCACUUUCUCCAGCUCGGACCUCCUUCGCCCCCAAGUUUUCCAUACCCAGGGGUGCAUCAGGAUCUACAGUGGCCGGAGCAAGAAACCAGGAAUUCAAAUGACCCAGUUGCAUGUUUCUCUGAAGGCCCAGGAAGGCUCAGAAAAGUCCUUGAAAAAUCAGCGGGGGAACCUGUUUGCCUGGCGAUUCAUAGAAAAGGCCUGGAAGGUAGACAUCCGCGCCUGGAGAAGUCCACCAGCUGUCCAGACAAAAACAGCCUUGGGUUGGGUACCAAGGAAUCCGCUUUCGGCACAAAGAAGCAGGAGACGGGGGCCAAGCAGCGAGCGAAAAGCAAAGAUUGGCAUCGACAUGGCUUAAGAAAGAUUUCGAUACCAACGGAUGGUGCCGUAGAAGUCUCCAUAGCCUCUCUCCAUGCGAAAGAGGAAGCCGCCGGACACAAAGACAGAGCCAAUCCCUUAGACUUUGUGAAAUACGGAGAGAAGAAAACACCAGAAACCCUAGAAAAUAUCAAACGGCGACGUUCCAAACUGAUAAAUUCAUCCAAACUGCUCUAUCAGGAAUACAGCGACGAAGCCCUGAACAAAGCGAUCCAGAGCCAAAAACAGGCUUCGUUGGCCGAAGAGGUAGAACCGAUCUCUCCCAAGCUGCGGAGAAAAGUGCUGAGCUCUCAGGACUCUUACCUGCAACGCCUAUCCGUCUCUUCGGGCUCUUCGCUGUGGCAGGACAUCCCCAUGGUUCGAGGGAGCACCAUGUUGCUUAGCAUGACCCGUGAGGAGCAGAAGCUGCAAGAGGCCAAGUUUGAACUAAUCGCAUCCGAAGCCUCUUACCUGCGGAGCUUGAAUAUAGCCGUGGAUCACUUUCAGCGUUCCCAAGAACUUCAGGGGGUUUUAACCACGCAGGACAAGCAGUGGCUUUUUUCCCGUCUUCAGGAUGUCUGUGACGUUAGUGCCAAUUUCCUCUUUGAACUGGAAGAGAAGCUUGAGGAGAACAUGUUCAACUUCAACGUCUGUGAAGUGGCGCUCAGAAACGCACCCGAAUUUCGUCGGGUUUACUUGCCAUAUGUGACCAACCAGACCUACCAGGACCAGACCUUCCAAAGACUCAUGAACGGGGUUCCUGCUUUCCAACAGGUCUUAGAGAAACUGGAAAGUGACCCGGUGUGUCAGCGCCUCUCCCUCAAAUCCUUCCUCAUUCUCCCAUUCCAGCGUAUCACCCGACUGAAGCUCCUUCUCCAGAACAUCCUGAAAAGAAUCCCACCUGGGGCCGAUGAAGAAGUCCAGGCCACACAAGCAUAUGAUGCUCUUGAAAAGCUCAUCAAAGAUUGCAAUGCAAACGUCCAACGUAUGAAGAGCACCGAAGAAUUGAUUCACUUAAGUCAAAAUAUGGAGUUUGAAUGCAAGAUCUUCCCACUUAUCUCACAGUCCCGGCGCCUAGUGAAACAUGGAGAACUUACCGCUCUGGAAUAUAAUAUCAGCUUGAAGUGGAAACUUACCACGCGACCCAUCUACCUCCAUCUCUUCAAUGAUUACUUGCUUCUAUCUCGACCCAGGGAGAAUGGGCGUUUCAUUGUGUUCGAUUAUGCAGCCUCCUCGGAUGUGCGUGGGGAAAAGUGUGAAAUGAAACUCCACGGUGACAACAAGAACCUUUUCCGCCUUUUCCUGCUCCAGAACAAUCAGGGGAAGAAAGUGGAAUUCCUCUUCCGCACAGAAACACAGAGUGAGAAACUGCGAUGGAUUUCUGCUCUUAUGCCCGAACAGCCAGAACCUGACCUGUUGAAUGAUUCUGAUGCCGAUCAGGUACAGUGCGUGAAAUCUUACAAGGCACGGGAGCACGAUGAAUUGACUCUGGAGAAAGCAGAUAUCGUCAUGGUCUUGCGGCAAAGCACUGAUGGCUGGGUUAAAGGCGUGAAACUGUCCGACGGAGAAAGCGGCUGGUUUCCUUCCGAUCACGUGGAGUUCAUCUCCAGCCGGCAAGUCCGACAGAUGAACCUGAAGGAGGAGCAGCGGGUGAAAAAUGCCAAACGGCAGGUCUUUCGCAAGAGAUAAAAGAUUCCCCCUCCCCAGAGGACCUCCACCCUGCCUCCUCUCCAACCCUAGGAGGACAUUGCGAGGUGUUAAAACUGCCGUGUGAAUUACGAGACCGAAGGGGCAAAGCAGAAACUGGCGUCGCUGGCAUGGGCUGCACCCAAAUCUUUCACCUGUGUUGGAAAAAGCAGGACGAGAGAGCUGCAUGAUUUUUCUUGAGACGAUGGCGGAGAAGAAGAAGCGCCAAGGAAAACGGACUGGGCCCUUCCGGGAACCUGAGCUUUGCUCUGCCACGUUUAAAUGCACGAACCGCUGGCCAGGGAGUUCGCUUCAAGCUCUGCAAAAAUAUAAUAAUAAAACAAUAAAAAGGCUUUCGCCCACCUCACAGAAAGACGUGAGGCUAAAAUGUUAAUAUUUUUGAACGUGCUUUGGACUGUCAAGCAGAACGCAGUAGAGGGGGAAAAAAUACACUUUGUGGUAUUAGGAUGAAA